AUGUGUGACGCAUCAAAUCAUGUCGUAGGUGCCGCGCUUGCACAGCGCGAUGACUUUAUGGGGCCAUUUCCUAACUCAAGUGGGUAUCUAUAUAUUUUGUUGGCGGUUGACUAUGUCUCAAAAUUGGUGGAAGCGAUACCUACCCGCCUUGACGACGCUAAUGCCGUGAUUUCUUUCAUUAGAAAUAAUAUUGUGUGCCGCUAUAGAUUGCCACGAGCAAUCGUGAGCGACCAAGGUUCUCACUUUUGCAACAGGAAAGUAGAGGCACUACUCAAGCGCUAUGGGAUAUUGCACAAGGUUGCAACUGCUUAUCACCCCCAAACCAAUGGACAAGCAGAGGUGUCCAACCGGAAGAUUAAGCAAAUUUUGGAGAAAGUGGUGAAUCCACAAAGGGUGAAGGAGGUAAAGCCCUAUGGUGCGGUUGAACUAUUCCACCCUCAAAGUGGCACAACAUUCAAGGUGAAUGGCCACCGGGUAAAGAAGUACCAUGGCUACAAGUCGCCAAAGGAGUUAGAGGUGUUCCUGCUUACAGAUGCACCAAAAGGAGGGGAAGCUUAA